UCAUCAUCAGUUUGCUUUGGUAUUCAAAAUGAAGGCAUUCUUCGUUCUUUUUGCUCUGGCUUUGGCCGCUCCUGCUUUGGGUCGCACCAUGGACCGGUGCUCCCUGGCCCGCGAGAUGUCCAACCUGGGCGUUCCCCGCGACCAGCUGAACAAGUGGGCCUGCAUCGCCGAGCACGAGAGCUCCUACCGCACCGGAGUGGUGGGUCCCGAGAACUACAAUGGAUCCAACGACUACGGCAUCUUCCAGAUCAACAACUACUACUGGUGUGCUCCUCCGAGUGGACGGUUCUCCUACAACGAGUGUGGACUCAGCUGCAAUGCUCUGUUGACCGAUGACAUCACCAACUCGGUUCGUUGUGCCCAGAAGAUCCUUGGACAGCAGGGAUGGUCCGCCUGGUCCACCUGGCACUACUGCAGCGGAUGGUUGCCGUCCAUUGAUGACUGCUUCUAAGCUGACUUUAAACACAAAUAAAAAUAAUUGAAAAACCCAAA